AUGGCCAUUAACCCUGCGCCCGCGGCAUCUGCACAACUCCCCAGUGAGUUCAAAACCGAGUACCAUCCUCGUUCUGGUCGCCCAACUCUCUUCCAACCCUUCAACAAAUUCCAUAUCUCCUCACAGGCACAGCACACGCCUAUUAUUGAUAAGGAACCAUGGUGUCCCUUCAGAUCGCAUGGGGACUUUGAAUUUUCUGAGAUCGCAAUUGAAGCUGCACUCAACAAAUCUCAAAUCAACACACUCCUCAGUCUCAUCAUGUGCAUCUCUGAAGGUAAUGCUCAGAUAACCUUGAAGAAUGAAGCCGAUCUCUCCAAGGCAUGGGACAAUGCUGCAGUCGAAUUAACACCAUUCUCAAAACAUGAAGUCAGUGUAACCUACAAGAAGAAUGAGCAAGUGUACAAAGUUCACGCAUGGCCUAUUUGGGAUUGGGUGCUCAAUUUAUUAGAUAAUGCAUUGCUUGCACCACACUUUGUCUGGCACACGUGUCAUGUUUUCAAGCACAAUGGCACAAGGUGGUGGGACAUUCAAUCUUCUCUUCCUGAUAUUGACGGCUCCAUCCCAUUCUGUUUCAUUCUGUAUGCUGACAAAACAAAGUUGUUGUCCCAUGGUAUGGUCAAGGGGUACCCAGUCGUGAAUGGCGAGGUGUUUGGUGGUGGCCAUGUCGUCGGAUGGUUGCCUAUUGUUCCUGAAGAUGCAGGCAAAGAAGGUAAACUUGGAUAUACAAUGCUGAAACAUGUUGUAUGGCAUGAAUCGUUCUUCAAACUUCUGGAGCUUGCAGCACAGUACUCGAAAACUGGGUAUACACACAAGUGCCAUGACGACAUUUUGCAAUGGUGCAUGAUGCCACUCAUACAUGGCCGUGGCGGCAAGUGGCCUUGCCCAGUGUGCCUUGUACCAUUAGCUGAGCUUCAUGACUUGUCAAAGACCUACCCCCUGAGAUCUAUGGAGGAAGUGAAGGAAGCACUUCGUGUUUAUAGGCACAGCAAAGCUCAAGGUGAGGAGCUAUUGAAAGCUCUUGGAUUGUGGCCUGUUGAGAAUAUCUUUUGGAUCAUAUGGUUUUCGGAUCCACACAAUGCGCUCAGCUUUGAUCGAAUCCACUCGUUGCAUAGUUGUAUUUGGAAGCACCUACUUGGAGAACUGAAGAAAAUCCUCACAUCGCUUGGACGUGAAGCUGAGGCAGCAUUUGAGAAGCUGAUUGAUGACUUCCCUCAAUGGUGCAACCUCAACCACUUCAAAUCCACUAUCAAUGUCUUGUUCUCCAAUGGAAACAAGCACCGGGACCUAUCUAAACAAUCCCUUUAUGCACUUUUGACUAUCCUGACUGCCAGAACCUCCCCAGAGGGCUACCAGCUACUUCACAUCAUCAGCACUUAUCUCCAGUUGGAUAGUUUGAUCGGCCUUGAUGUACAUACUGAGGGCAUGCUUGCGGCAAUCGAAGCCAAACUUCUGGUUUUUGAUACAGAACUUAAGGCCUAUGUUACAUGUGCCAAAUCAUCUGACAUUGAGAAACUGAAGCUUGACUGGAAUUUUCCGAAAAUGCACUUAUGGAAGCACAUUGUUCACGAUAUCCAACAUAAGGGAGUAGCACAUAAUUUCAGUAUGCAUCUCAACAAAAAGAUGCAUGGCCCCCUCAAGGACACCUACCACCAUCGAACAAACAGAAAGGACGUCACAAUGCAGGUUGACGAACACGACCAGUUACAAGCGCUUGGUGAUGAUCUUCCUGAUGAAGAUGUUGCUGUCACCUUCAAUGGUCAUGUGAAGCUGGGUGCACCAACACAGCAUCCUUUGUCCAUCCUUGAUCUUGAGAACUGCAGCUCAGUGGAUCAUGCAUUUCAAGUUUUCCAGAGGAAGUUUACUGAAUUCAUCAACCACUCUCUGCCUACCUAUGGGCAUCAACUAACAAAUUGGAUUACAUUUCCAGCUAAUUAUCAGAUUCACGAACACCGCUAUCUCAAGGUCAAUUACAAGUCAAUGGUCAACUGGAAGCAAGUCACUGAUCACCUCCGGUGCGAUCUGCAAUUCCAUGGGUUGCUGCAGUUCAACCAUGCCCUCAUACAAUGUUGUAUCUCGAACUUUGGGUCCUUCAAGUUUGCACUCAUUCAACCUUACACUGUGAGAAUCAAUGGUGCUCACAGAACAGACCGUUUCAUUAAGCUUACUCAUGUGAAGGCCGUCCCUAGGGCAUCAUCAAUAUUCAUCCCACUCAGUUCUUUCAUUCAAGGCGCUGUUUUGGUUCCUGAUCACUUUGGUCACCCCAUUUCAGGUACCUCUUAG